GUUGGCUUUUGGGUAUAAAUUUAGCCCGACUCCGCUUGUUUCACCUAUGCUUUCGUCUGUGUGUGCCGCUCUGGUUUUUUGCCACCAGUCGGACAUUCUUUGUGUCCGCAGCGCACCAACGGGUCGUAUGCGCAAUUAUUGCCAUAAAGGUUUCACUUAAAUCGUUGCCCCAGCAGGCCAUGGCGUCCUUAAGCCGGCAAUGUGAGCGGGUCACUUAAAGUGGCUCUCUAUGCAAGUAAAAUCACUAAGAUUACUUAACCCCAGCACACCUUGACCUUUCUAAUAAACUCUGAUGGGUUACAUUUAAUAAAUACUUUUAAGCAAAUAAGUAUGUGAGUAGAUGCUUUGGGGAACAUCAUCAAGCUAAUGUGCACAAUUUAGAAUCAGCUGCCUAAGUUUAUAAAUUAAAGAUUUCAACAGCUGGUGUGUAACACUCGCCUACAAGCUCUGGUUGUCAUAGAACGAAACUCGAAAGUGUAUUGAACAAACAAACUAAACGAAAAUUCCGAUACUCAACCGGCGGCAGUUUCGUUAUAUAUUCCUUGUACAUCCCCACUCGCAGUCAUGUCAAUUAGGAGGGAGCACCAUUAUGGGUCGACUGUGCGAAACACGAUUGUGGCGCGGUCCAAUCGGCCAAUUAUCAACCGAAUGUUGCGAUCCGCCCGACUGGACUCCACGAUUGGUCAGACUGCGGUCAAGCCAUUUAAGGCGAAGCGGAUGGAGGCUAAGGCGCAGCUCUUGCAGAAGGAGCGAUCCUCCAGCACUGGGAUGAGCGGAUUCUCCAAGCUGACAAGUCGUGAGGGACUGGUGGGCAAGGAUUACUGGAACGCGGCCAUUGAGGAUGUGGAGUUCACUGCCGCCUGCCGCUUCCAGCCGCGCAUUCCCGUCAUCGACUAUUCCCUUGUGCUGCCGCCACGACUGCGCGAGAGGGUCAAGCGCAUCCAGAACUACGACUAUUCCAAGUCGGACGAGGACAUCUACAUCAGAGACGAAAUGCAGGAGGUGCGACCCGAGGACUAUAUGAGCGCCGAGAGCAGCGAAAAAAGUGAGGAGGAAGAGGACCACGUGCUCCUUGAAAUUGGCCGCAAGAAGGUGGAGGAGUACUUCAACGAGAGUGACCACUCGGAUAUUGUGCGCAUGGAGCACGAGUUCGAGAAGUUCGAUCUGAAGUUAGAUGAGCCGGUUGGACACACCCAUCGUUUCGUGGACAAGUCCAGUUGGUACGCCAAGUUCCUGUGCGCGCCGCGCGAUAAGAGAGUCAGCUGGCAGAGUCGCGUCGAACAUCCUGGCCAGAACUUCUCCAUGGUCACGCUGGACGAGCAGGCUGAGAACCUCAUGGAUGCGUCAGCAGAACGUUUUGUCGAGUGGCUGAACUCCUUUGGCACCUUGGAAAGCAAUUUGACCCCGGAAAAGGUCAAGAACCUUUUUUCCAUCAAGGGCGAUCGCACCCUGUUGGCCUCCGUGAAGACAGAUCCCAAGGAGGUCAACGCCAUUGCUCAGACAGUGGCCGAUAAAUGGAACAAGCCACAUAUGGCCAUUGAGCUUAAGUACGAGAAGCACAUCAAUGACCACGCUACCCGAGUGAACCAGAAACCCCUGCUAAGUGCAUUUGGACGCACUGUUCCACUGAAGGAUCGUCCCUGGUUAAAACGAUCCGGGGACACCGUUAUUAAGACGGUCUAUCCGGAUGAUCUGCUGACCCGCGAGAAGAUCUUUAAGGGCAUCACCCACCUGCGGAGCACCACUGCCCUCAUCGAUUUCUAUCUGGCCCAUCCGGAACUGGAGCGGCCACAGUAUCUCCUGCAGAGCGGUGACUUUGAGGAGUCCAGCGCCAGUGAAUCCGUGGCUGAGGUGCCGCUCUACGAACUUCUGGGAUUGCGGUAUUAAGCCAUUGACUGCCAAUAAUUUGAUUAGUUAAAUUACCAGUUGUCUGUAUAUCAAUGGUUACAGUCCAAUAAAAUUGUACAAUAUGUUUAGAGAAAUACAUAUAAGCAAAUAUAACAUAAAAUGAAACAAAUUUUAGUC